UUCUACUGCAAGAAAGACUAACGUCGUAUCUCAGUCCAUCUCUCUUCCCUUUCCUCAAAAGCAAAGCAGAGCAACAGCAACGAAGUGUAGACACCAUAAGCUAGAAAAGGAGGAUAUUUAUAAACCAGAGUAGAGAGAAGAAGAUCGAGAAGAAAACUGAGCUUCUUCUUCUUCUUCUUCUUCUUCUUAAUUAUUUUUUUUUAAUCAAAAUAGCUACAAAAGAGAAGAGGAUAAGAGAAAAAGAAUGCCACCCAACAGUAAUCUCAGUAGUGGUGAGAACCCAACAACAAGACCACCGCCUUCAAACCAAAACCACCACCACCUAUGCUACCCAACAACAACAAGAACAACGUCGUCGUCGUCCUCACCCUCCUUCAGAGGCUGCUGUUGCUGCCUCUUCCUCCUCUUCUCCCUCCUUGCCCUCCUAAUUCUAGCCGUUUUCCUCGUCAUAAUGCUGGCAGUCAAACCCAAGAAACCCCAGUUCGAUCUCCAACAGGUUGGAGUCCAGUACAUGGGCAUAUCCGCACCCAAUCCAUCAGCCUCUCUGGACCCCACAAGCACCGCCACACCAGCCUCCGCCUCUCUUUCUUUAACCAUUAACAUGCUGUUCACCGCUGUUAACCCAAAUAAGGUAGGGAUCAGGUACGGGGAGUCCAGUUUUACUGUCAUGUACAGUGGGAUUCCUUUGGGGAAGGCUUUAGUGCCUGGGUUUUAUCAGGAAGCUCACAGUCAGAGACAGGUGGGGGCCACCAUAUCCGUUGAUCGAUAUAGCUUGAUGCAAGCUUAUGCUUCUGAUUUGAUCAGAGAUGCCUCCUUGAAUGAUCGUGUGGAGCUCAGAGUUCUCGGUCAAGUCGGUGCUAAGAUCCGCGUUCUAGACUUCGAUUCCCCUGGUGUUCAGGUAUCAGUGGAUUGUGCAAUAGUGAUAAGUCCAAGAAAACAGUCUCUUACUUACAAGCAGUGUGGAUUCGAUGGAUUGAAUGUUUGAAGGGCCACAAAAAACCUAUUUUUUCUUUCAUUUUCUCCCGCAAUAAACAAGAACAGAGAGAGAGGAAAAAGGGGAACGCUACACUUGUGAAAAUGGGAGACCAAAAGGUUUUCCCAAGAUUUUGCUGAAUCUUAUAUAGUAUUAUUAUUUUUGCUUCAUUGUGAAGGAAAGACGAAGAUACUGGCUGUGCGUAAAGUGCCAAAACAGUCCCCCCCCCCCCCCCAAAAAAAAAAAAAGAUGUGGUGGCCGAUCAACAUCAACACAGCACAAUUCCGGCACCAUUAAUUCUUGCCCUAGUUGCUUGGCUUUAUCUAUCAAUUCCUCUUGAGUGAUAUGUGGUCCCAUUUUCAUCCACUCUGUAAAUUAAUGUCCACUUAAGGUAGUGAUAGGAUGUUAUUUGAUUAUUAGUAUCAAUUGAGUCAAUUAUAUAGAUAUAAAGUGUUGUUGAACAA